UGAUUGGCAUGUGGCAUCGCACAGAUACCCGCAGAAGUCUCCCUGGUUUCCAAAAGUUUCACAGGCUUAAAACUUUCAAACCCUCUGUGUCCCUCCCUUUCAACCUUGACUCAUCUUUCUCUCUCUUAGGGUUUCUGCUCUCUCAGCAAGCUCUGUAUCGAAAUUCAGCUUAGCCAAUUUAUGGUAAUGUAAUAAGAGAAUUGCUGGAAUAGAGAAAAAAGAAAUCGUGUAGUUUGCCAUGGACCAAUCUGAGCAAAAUCAACAGCAUCAUCACCAACCUCAGCAGCCCGUGAUGGGAGUCAUAGCAGGUGGUGGCCAGAUGGCAUAUCCUACGCCUCCCUACCAAACUACUCCCAUGGUGGCCUCAGGUACUCCUGCUGUAGCCGUGCCAUCCCCAACACAGCCCUCUGCUGCCUUCUCAAAUUCUUCACACCAGCUUGCCUUCCAACAAGCCCAGCACUUCCACCAUCAACAGCAGCAGCAGCAGCAACAGCAGCUGCAAAUGUUCUGGUCCAACCAAAUGCAAGAAAUUGAGCAAACUUUCGAUUUCAAGAAUCAUAGUCUCCCGCUUGCUCGGAUCAAGAAAAUAAUGAAAGCUGAUGAAGAUGUUAGAAUGAUUUCAGCGGAGGCUCCUGUCAUUUUUGCAAAGGCUUGUGAGAUGUUUAUUCUUGAGCUGACCUUGCGCUCUUGGAUCCACACGGAAGAGAACAAGAGGAGGACUUUGCAAAAGAAUGACAUUGCAGCUGCCAUAUCAAGGACUGAUGUUUUUGAUUUCUUGGUGGACAUCAUUCCUAGAGAUGAACUGAAAGAGGAGGGACUUGGAGUCACUAAGGCUACAAUUCCUGUUGUGGGUUCUCCUGCUGACAUGCCUUUAUACUAUGUCCAACCACAGCAUCCUGUUGGACCUACAGGGAUGAUCAUGGGAAAGCCGGUCGAUCAAGCAGCAGCUCUCUACGCUGCCCAACAGCCUCAACCACCUGUGGCCUUUAUGCCAUGGCCUCAAGGUCAACCACCACAGCAGCAGCAGCAGCCGCAACAGCAAUCUCAACAGCAGCCAGCCGAUUCUUAAUGUGUAAUGUCAGGUAAUUAUGUGUCUAAGUAGGGCUUCUGAAUAUCAGGGAUGGAUUCUAGUUAGUGUCAGUUGAUAGUUGUAAUAUCUAUCACACUCUGCGGAUGAUAAUGCUAAUCUCAUUGUGGCAACUGGAUCAUGUAUUGGCUUGUGUUUUUCUCUUCUUUUGAUUGAAAUUGUGUAAUGGCUAUUGUUUAAAUUUCUGUUUGCCUUGUGUCGAUUAUUAUCAAUCUUGAGUUCGAAUUUCCGUUCAGUAGUUUGGAUCGAGAUUAAAUAAUACUACUCAUCCUAUUAAUAGUA